CCCCACCUAAGCCUCAUGGAGCUGUCUGAGAAAUAUGGUCCAAUCUUCAGCAUCAAGCUCGGGACAAUGAGAGUGGUGGUCCUGUCUGGUUACGAGACAGUGAAGGAUGCUCUUAUCAACCAUCCAGAUAAGUUUGCAGGAAGAGCCCACAACCCGAUAUUUGAUGAUUUAACACACGGUUAUGGCAUCAUUUUUGGAAAUGGUGAAUCCUGGAAGCAGAUGCGAAGGUUCACCCUGUCCACUUUACGGGACUUUGGGAUGGGCAAGAAAACUAUUGAAGAUAAAAUCAUUGAAGAAGCCCAUUUCCUGAUAAAAGUGUUUGAAUCCCAUAAAGGCCAAGAAUUUAAUCCAACCAUUCAGUUAAAUGCUGCUGUGGCCAAUAUCAUCUGUUCCAUAGCUUUUGGUGAUAGAUUUGACUAUGAAGACAAGACAUUCAUCGCUUUGGUAAAGAGAGUGAAUGAAAACUUCCAACUUGCAGGUUCUGCUGUCGUUCAGAUUUAUAAUGCGUUUCCCAUUCUGGGAUUUCUACCUGGUUCACACAAGAAAAUGCUGAAAAAUCAAAACUUAACUUUUGAGUUUGUCAAAAACUUUGUAACCAAGAACUACCAGACACUGGAUGCAAAUGAUCCAAGAAGCUUUAUUGACAUGUUCAUGUUAAAACAACAGCAGGUACGCUCCCAAAUGGCCCAUAAUUUGCAUGCUACCCUCUUAGUGACCAACCUGUUUGCUGCUGGGAUGGAGACAACUUCAACCACACUCCGUUGGGCUAUGCUACUGAUGAUGAAAUAUCCACAGAUUCAGGAAAAAGUCCACGAUGAAAUCACCACCGUGAUUGGUUCGGAGCGGUUCCCCAGAACCGAAGAUCGGAAAAAUUUGCCAUACACCAAUGCAGUGAUCCACGAAAUCCAGAGGUUUGCUAACGUUGUGCCAUUGAACAUCAUGCACUCAACAACAGAGGACUUGAACUUCAAAGGAUAUUUCCUUCCAACGGGCACACCAGUGAUCCCUUUACUAACUUCGGUGUUGUAUGACAAAACUCAAUGGGAAACCCCAAAUGACUUCAACCCUUCCAACUUUCUGGAUGCUGAAGGGAAGUUUGUGAGGAGAGAUGCCUUUACUCCUUUUUCAAUGGAUAAGAAGGCCUGUGUGGGGGAGACCCUGGCCAGGAUGGAGCUUUUUCUGUUCUUUACCAUCCUGAUACAAAGGUUCAGAUUUCAAGUUCCUCCAAACGUUGUCAAUCUGGAGCUUGUGUCUGGCGUGGCCUUCACCUCAGUUCCAAAUUACCAGAAUGUGUGUGCAGACCACAAUGUUAUUUGCUCUGGUGCGCUUAUUAUUCAAUACGCAUCUGGGAGGAGCGGCUACGGUUGGUGCUGUAGCAACGAGCGUAGCCACGCCUCCCGCAUGCGGGUUAACGUCUCUCCAAUUGCAGAGAAAGGCAUUACAGUGGGGUGCCGGGCGAUGUCGUUCGCCGGUGUUUUCUCACUGGAUACUGUGACUUUGGUACUCCUCUGCGCCCUCACCGUGUUGAUUAUCGCUUAUUUUCGCAAUGGGUCAAAAUCUCACGCAGAGCUCAACUUCCCCCCAGGACCCACUCCUCUUCCGAUCAUCGGGAACCUGCACCUCCUGGAUCUAAAGAAGCCCGACCUAACGCUCAUGGAGCUGUCUGAGAAAUAUGGCCCAAUCUUCACCAUCAAGCUUGGGAUGACGAGAGCUGUGGUCCUGGCUGGCUACGAGACAGUGAAGGAUGCUCUUAUCAACCAUCCAGAUCAGUUUGCAGGAAGAGCCCACAUCCCAAUAUUUGAUGAUUUAACACAGGGUUUUGGCAUCGUUUUCAAUAAUGGAGAAUCCUGGAGGCAAAUUCGAAGGUUCACCAUGUCCACUCUACGGGACUUUGGGAUGGGCAAGAAAACUAUUGAAGAUAAAAUCAUUGAAGAAGCCCAUUUCCUGAUAAAAAUGUUUGAAUCCCAUAAAGGCCAAGAAUUUAAUCCAACCAUUCAGUUAAAUGCUGCUGUGGGCAAUAUCAUCUGUUCCAUAGUUUUUGGUGAUAGAUUUGAUUAUGAUGACCAAACAUUCAUCACUUUGAUAAAGAUAAUAAAUGAAAAUGUUCAGCUUGCUGGUUCUCCAAUGGUUCAGCUUUAUAAUGCUCUUCCCAUAUUGAGAUUUCUACCUGGUUCACACAAGAAAAUAAAGGAAAAGGAAAAAUUGGUCUGGCAGUUUAUCAGAGACUUCAUAACCAAGAACUACCAGACACUGGAUGCAAAUGAUCCAAGGAGCUUUAUUGAUGUGUUCAUGUUAAAACAGCAGCAGGAAUCAGGUAACCCAAAUACAUAUUUCCAUGAAAACAACCUGAUAUUCACCGUAGCUGACCUGUUUGCUGCUGGAAUGGAGACAACUUCGACCACCCUUCGUUGGGGUAUGCUACUGAUGAUGAAAUAUCCACAGAUUCAGGAAAAAGUCCACGAUGAAAUCACCACCGUGAUUGGUUCAGAGCGGUUUCCCAGAACUGAAGAUCGGAAAAAUUUGCCGUACACUGAUGCAGUAAUCCACGAAAUCCAGAGGUUUGCUAACAUUGUGCCAUUGAACAUCAUGCACUCAACAACAGAGGACUUGAACUUCAAAGGAUAUUUCCUUCAAAAGGGCACACCAGUGAUGCCUUUGCUAACCUCGGUGCUGUAUGACGAAACUCAAUGGAAAUCCCCAAAUGACUUCAACCCUUCCAACUUUCUGGAUGCUGAAGGGAAGUUUGUGAAGAGAGAUGCCUUUGUUCCUUUUUCAAUGGGAUCCAGGGCCUGUGCGGGGCAGCCCCUGGCCAGGAUGGAGCUUUUUCUGUUCUUUACCAUCCUGAUACAAAGUUUCCGGUUUCAAGUCCCGCCGAACAUUACCAAUCUGGAGCUUACGUCUGGUGUGGGCAUCACCUCAUUCCCAAAGUACCAGAACGUGUGUGCAGUCCGUCGCUGAUGCAAACACAUCAUUCCAUGACUUGUCUUGUUUUAUCUCCUUUUCACUAUUUUUGUAACCUUUUCAUCAGAGCUCAUGUAGGAACUGAGCUCAUUAGCUAACUCUGCUAAUAGCCAUGAGACUCAGUGAUGAGAAGGCCACCUUUCAUAAGCAACACACGUUUAGGGUUGGUAUAAUUUGGGGUUCAACCAAACAGGAUGGUAUGGAUGUUCAUAAUUAAGGGACAUGGGUUGUAGUGAAUACUAUGUAAAAUACUGUCCAGACACAAAUUUUGGUAGCCAAGAAUUGACAGAUAAUGCACCGCGUAAAAUUAGAAAGAAACUAUAUUUACUGUUACAUAACCAACAACAAUGAAUAUCAAUCGAGACAGGUUGUAUAAACUUUCCUGUUGGCUCUGUCCAAAGGAUUCACGAUGCAGGAAAUAAACAGUUUAAAACAACCGACCUUAAAUUCUAGAGAGCAAAUCUUUGCAUGACCUACCUUGCUCUUUUAGCAAGAGUUAUCUUUGAUGCUGGUCGCUACUCCUUCAACGAAGACUCAAUAAGGUCGAUCCUUUGUUAAACUGCCGUACAAUACUGACCCCUCUCAAUCCUUUGGCUCCUGUACUUCGAUAAAGUCUUCACUCUUCCGUACUACUGCUGGAAUAAGGUACAGCAACACAUCUAGCAAAAAUUUCCAGUCCAGCGCUAUUGUACCUUGCAACAGAAUGUAAGAACCGUUUUAAAAACAAAUAUGCAACAGAAACAGAGACACAGUACGUUCUAGCUGGAAAUCUAAAAACUAAAAUCUAAACUGCGUCAUCUGAGGUCUUCCCUUAUAUACCCGUGGUGCACAUAUCAUCACGGGACCUCACAUCAGCGGGAAAAUUACAUCAGGUGACCUCCAAAAGACUAUUACAUCAUUCUCCCAAAAAAAAUCACAGAUCUCCUUGUGGUAUGUAACACCUCCCUCCAAAAAAAUUUUGGUCUCUUAAAGAACAAAAUUUUAACAAUUAACAAUUUAUACAAAAAAAAACAAAGGUAUAAAAUUUACAACAUACACAAUAGAUACAGUCUUAUCUUUCAGCAGUUUACAAACUAAUAUACAGUAGGAGUGUUGCAAAUGUUAAAAUACUACUCCAUUUUACUACCGCACAUUUUGGCUUUUAUUUCUCUUAUGGCCAGAAGGACGCUCUUGCUUAAAUGGAAAGAUGUGGCCCCUCCUAUUCACCCCCAAUGGUUAUGUGAUGUCAUUUUUAAAUUUAGAGAAGAUUCGAUGUUCAAUCUCUGAAUCUAGCCAAGACUUUCAAACAUUGUUGGGAACCUUUCUGAAUUAUUUUCAAAACCUUUGAUUUGCUGUUAGAGCACUGAUGAUGACUAAUAAUUUUUUUUUCCUUUUUUUUCUUUACUAAUCAGCUUCAGUCUUGGUAGUGGGUUAGAUUUUUUUAAUAUAAUAAAAUUACUACAUUUCAAUGUUAGGAAUUAACUAAUUUGUAUGAAUAUAGGGUAAGGAGUCUUUAUAUGCGAUUUAGUAUAU